AUGACUUUAGCCUCAAAUAAUCAAACAAAAUUGAGAAGAAUAAUGGUUAUUAGAAAGAAUGGAUACGGAUUUAUUUCUUCAACUGGUUAUCCUAAAGAUGGCUAUGAGCGUGUAAAAUGCGCAGUUAAUUUAGAAGCACAAGAAGGAAGUGGAUUAGUUAUUAAUAUAAAAUUUUUGGAUUUGGAUUUAGAACCUAGAUAUUCUCGUUCAGAUCAGUGUUUACGUGAUUAUUUUAUUUUGACAUUUAUUGAUAGAGAAGGAUUAGAACAUACAAGUGAAAGAAUUUGUGGAAAUAAAAAACCAAAGUCUAUACAAAGUAUGCAGUCAAAAUUAAGAGUUUUAUUCAUUGCAACAUCCCCACCCUUACAGCAUUAUUUACCAAAUACAAAUACUUCAAAACGUUGGAAAGGAUUUAAAUUACGUUUUGAUUUUGUAAAAGAAGAGAAAAUUUCUGUAAUAAACAGUCAAUAUGAAGAACCAAAUAAAAGAUAUCGUUUAGAAUGUGGAGGUGCAAAUUUACCAAAUUCUUUAAGUGGAAUUAUUCAAUCACCUGGAUUCCCGUCUACAUAUCCUCAAAAUGUUAAUUGUUUUUGGCUUAUUCGAGUUGAUCCAAAUAAAAGAAUUUAUAUUAGAAUAGUGGAUCUGGAAUUAUCACCGACAUUGGAUUAUGAACGUGCUUUUCUUUCAAUAAUAGAUGGAUAUAGCUUUGGAAUUUCUUCUGAAGAAAUAAAUCAAAAAAUUAAUGAAGAUUAUCAAAAAUCUUCUAAUAACAUAUUAAAUUUUGGUUCCCCAAGAAGAGAUACUACAAGUAUUUCCUUUUAUGGAAAUAAAUCAUAUUAUACAGAAGAAGGGUCGUUAUCUUACCUUUCCGAAAGUAACAGAGUAAUUAUACAGUUUAUGACAACUGAGGGACCAACACAAAUUCAAUUAGCUGAAUACAAGAAAAAUUAUAGCCCAAUUGGUUUCCGUCUUCUUUGGACAGAGGUCCAUUCAUUGAUAGCAACUUCGAGUGAUUUCCCUCUAACUACAGAUAUUGAGACUUCUGUUAGUCAAGAUGCUGAAGAAAGCUUUGAUGUUAUAACGAGUGAUCUUUGUCCAGGAUUUGUGUGUCUUGGGGGAUAUUUUUGUUUGGACAGUCAAAAUAGUGUUUGUGUUGAACGUAACAGACUUUGUAUUAACGAAACAUUGCGUUGUGAUGGAAUCUCAAAUUGUGCUGAGAAUGAUGAUAGUGAUGAGGAAUAUUGCUAUUCAAAAAAUCCUUUUUCAAUGUCAGCAUUAGCUUUUUUAAUAAUUAUUUUAAUUGUGCUUUUACUUUUAAUUAGUACUUGCUGUAUUAUUAAAAGUUUUGGAAAUUCUAAAAAUGAAAAUAAUGAAAGAAAAAUAAACAAAAAAUUGGGGGACAAGGAAAAUAAAGAAUUUACAUCCACAGAAAUUUUUAAUAAAGAAGAGAAUGGGGAAAUGAUAACUGAACGAUUUAAAGACAACACAAAAAUUCAGCGUAAUACUGAAGCUAUUCCUUCAGUUUCCUCUAUUGUUAAUAUCCAAACAAAUAUAAUUCCAGCGACACCCCCAAUUAUUCAAGAAUGGAAUCAACAAAAUAAUACAUGGCACAACACAAAAACAACAAAAAAUGGGAUAAUAAACAAUAAACAAAACUUUAUUAACGAGAAUGAACAAGAAAUUCUUCGUUUACAACCUUGCCUUUGUCCAAAGCCUCUAGAAAUUAUUUGUAAACAACAAAACGAAAAUGAACGGAAUUUUAAAUCUCAAAAAAUUAAAAAUAAAAGUGAAGAUAAUUACGAGGAGGAGGAAAAUAAAUGGAAUAAUGAAAGUACAAGUAUAUGGGAACAACGGAAAUCAUUUGUUGCAGAAAUGGCUGAAGUUAAUAAAGAUAUUUAA